AUGACGACUUUGCAGACUAUCUUUUUUUUAUUUUUCAUUAUGCCUUUGGUGAAGUUAGUACCACCAAUUCAACAAGAGUCACUCAAUCUUUAUGAGUAUGAUACAGACAUUUUCGAAGAACUGUUUAAACAAGAUUAUGAAGACAAAUCCCAGGAUGCAAUAAAGAAAAAGGGAAAAGAUGGCAUGAUUGUUUCUCCUGACUCUAACAUACAGCUGGAACUGCAGAGAGAUGAGAGUGUACCUAAAGUACCACCAACCAAAGAUACAAAUUUGCCCACUUGUCUGCUGUGUGUGUGUUUAAGUGGAUCGGUAUACUGUGAAGAAAUUGAUAUUAUUGCGAUUCCCCCUCUGCCAAAGGAAACAGCCUAUCUUUAUGCACGAUUCAACAAAAUAAAGAGAGUGGCAGUCUCAGAUUUUGCUGAUAUUCCUACGUUAAGAAGAAUUGAUUUAACUGGAAAUAUGAUAGACGAAAUUGAAGACGGUGCCUUUUCAAAGCUUCUGUUAUUAGAAGAACUUUCACUUGCUGAAAAUAAACUGAUAAGACUUCCAGUUCUGCCCCCCAAGCUAAUUACAUUUAAUGCAAACUACAACAGAAUUAAGAGCAGAGGUAUCAGAGCAAAUGCUUUCAAGAAGCAGACCAAUUUGUCAUAUCUCUAUCUAGCACACAACACACUGGAAUCUGUACCUCUUAACUUACCAGAGACUCUGCGUGUUCUGCACCUUCAGUUUAACAACAUAACCUCAAUCACAGAUGACACAUUCUGCAAAUCCAACAACACACGUUAUAUCCGUUCGCGUAUGGAUGAGAUAAGAAUGGAAGGCAACCCAAUCAUCUUGGCAAAACAUCCUAAUGCUUUUUCUUGCUUGAAAACACUGCCUGUAGGAGCAUAUUAUUAA